CGCUGUACAACUCAUUCCAACUCCAUCACCUCAACAGUUAACAACGAAUAUUAUUCGAGAGUUUAUUAUAAACCCAGUCGCUUUUUUCUGCUUUUAAAAGUACAAGAUGGGAGAUGAAGCUGCACCCCCCGCUGAUGCCGCAGAAGUUACCACAGAGGCUGCGCCCGAUACGACCACUGCUGGCGCCCGUAUGAUGAUGCUUCAUCCCUGGCUGGCGGCUGCCGCUGUGGCCGUCUAUGCCACCAAGGUCAUGUGGAUCAAAUUUCGUGAUAUCGGCUUGGCCAAACAGAAGAAAUCCAAGAAUCGUCAAGGGAAGAAAUCGAAGCCCAUGGUGGAGAACGAAGUGGAAUCUGAAUCUGAAUCUGAGGCAGAGUCUGAUGCCGAUGACGACGAGGAAUCUACGAUCGAAACGGAUAUUAGGAAAACUACUGAUGAUCCCAAUAUGAAUGUUCGUGCAAUCGAAGUGCCGCCCGCCGUUUGCUGAUGCUUGGGACUCGGGAUGAAGGACACUGGAAGGACACUAUACACAAGGACACUAUUGUUGUAAUGCUUGCGAUUUAAGUAGGGGAGGAUUGGAUCGUCGAUGAACGUUGGAAACUAACCACCCAUCACCUGGGGGACAAAAAUUGUUUGUUCAAAAGAAAACAUCCAAAUUCAAGUUUUUUAUUGGCUCACAUUAAAUGGUUCUACAUAAAA